AUGGAUCAAGGCAAGUCUAUGGUGGAGAGCACAAGCAAUGUACACCUGCCCAAAAGAUGGAAGCCAAAUUUAGAACAAAGGCGGAUAUUAGAGUCCAUAUUUGCUACUGGAACCAAAAACACAAGAAGGGAACGGAUAGCUCAGAUUACUGCUGUGCUACAACAAUAUGGCAGAGUGGAACAAAGAAAUGUUUUCUAUUGGUUUCAAAAUGCAAAUAAUCGAAACAAGCUUUGUAUUUCCAAACGUACUCCAAUCUAUGGUACUACUAAAUCAUCUCUAUUCGGACCAAAGAAAGCUAACGAAAUAUUUUUAAAGGAAGAAGAAGAGAGUGGACGGUUUCAGAGGAAUUCACCAACAGAUGUUUCCGAAUUAGCAACUUUGCAAUUAUUUCCUUUAUAUCCUGAUAAAGGAGGAAGUUCUUAACAGCCGAAGAAACUUUAUGAGAUUUUUGGCAACUGAUUAUUGGGUUUUUAAGAGUGGAGAAAAUGUAUUUGUAUCUGCAACAUUAGCUUUUGUGAAUGUCUAACACUGGCUAAUCUUUACUGACAGUUGAUUAAUUUAUAAGGGUUUUCAAGAUUAGCUUUUGCGACAAUCUUUGCAUAGCUGAAAAUUGCCGUUGAUUUCAAUGAAUAAUUUCGGUUUACAAAUAUUUUUCAUUCCUAUUUAUGGAAUCUAAGCCUGAACAGAGGUGCCUAGGUAGCUCCAGCAGUGGUCGCAGGGGCAAGGGUUGUGGUCGGGGCUCUCAGCAAGCAGGGGAUGAGGCCGCCCAAGAAAGCAACAUUUUCAACUGGACAUUCGUCCACAAGCUAGGCUCUCUAUGGAUUCCCUUUUGCUUUUUGAAUAUACAG